UUUAACAUUUUCUCAUCAUGUGACUUUUGGCGUAAACAGGAAGCAGCUGAUCGUCACCGCACUGUCUGCUUUUAACGAGUAAUGUGUGCAGCCGUUUUAACAAAAAGGAGCAAAAGCGGACGUCGAAAGUUGAAUGAUCAGUAAUUAACGUAUUUUGUCGUGACAGCUGCUGCAGUCAGACUGAAGUCAUCUGACCUUCAGCUCCGAAAAAAACUCGUGUCUGCUGAGGGGGGAUGUCAAACACAGCAAUGAAGAAAAAGGUACUUCUGAUGGGGAAAAGUGGGUCUGGAAAGACCAGUAUGAGAUCAAUAAUCUUUGCCAACUACAUAGCUCGGGACACACGUCGCCUUGGAGCUACAAUUGAUGUGGAACACUCCCAUGUUCGCUUUCUUGGUAAUCUAGUUCUAAACCUUUGGGAUUGUGGAGGACAGGACACGUUUAUGGAAAACUACUUCACCAGUCAGAGGGACAACAUCUUCAGAAACGUCGAGGUUCUUAUUUAUGUAUUCGACGUUGAGAGCCGCGAGCUGGAGAAAGACAUGCACUACUAUCAGUCGUGUCUGGAAGCCAUUCUGCAGAACUCCUCUGAUGCCAAAGUAUUCUGUCUGGUGCACAAAAUGGACCUGGUUCAGGAGGACCAGAGAGAUUUGAUUUUCAAGGAGCGAGAAGAAGAUCUCAAACGGCUUUCCAGACCUUUGGCUUGCACGUGUUUCAGAACAUCAAUCUGGGAUGAAACUUUAUAUAAGGCCUGGUCCAGCAUCGUGUACCAGCUCAUCCCAAACGUCCAGCAGCUGGAGACAAACCUGAGAAACUUUGCUCAGAUCAUAGAAGCAGAUGAAGUCCUCCUGUUUGAGAGAGCCACUUUUCUGGUUAUUUCCCAUUAUCAGUGCAAAGAGCAGCGUGAUGCUCACAGAUUUGAGAAGAUCAGCAAUAUUAUCAAACAGUUCAAACUCAGUUGCAGUAAACUUGCAGCCUCCUUUCAGAGCAUGGAGGUGAGGAACUCUAACUUUGCUGCUUUCAUCGACGUCUUCACCUCAAACACAUACGUCAUGGUCAUCAUGUCCGACCCCUCCAUUCCGUCUGCAGCCACUCUCAUCAAUAUCCGUAAUGCUAGGAAACACUUUGAGAAGUUGGAGCGGGUGGAUGGACCCAAGCACAGCCUGCACAUGCGGAUGCGCUAGCCCCUUUGCUUCACUGCCUCAGCCAAUCAGUUGACAGACGGAGCGCAGACGGCAUGCCACGGUCCUGCAGCUCCCACAAAUACGAGCAGCGUUUCUUCUUUAUCCUCACAUCCAAUCAGUCGUCAUGGGAAAAAAAUAUUUUAGUUUAAUUUUUAGUUUAUCGGAAGUGUUUCAAUGAGAAAAAAAGUGCUCUAACUUGAUAUAUUAAAGAAAGAAAGUUGUGUUUACUACAUAGGUGACUAUCUAUGCUGUUUUAUUUUUCUUUCUUUAAAAAAAAAAAAAAAAAACCUCUGGAAUUGUUCACUCCAUGCAGGGAUUUUUACAAUUCCUAAAAUGAAUCACAAACCUGUUUUUAACAGAACAUUUCCCUCAUUUUUGUUGACGGAUACAAGGCUCACUCCACUUUUGCAGACCUGCCUCGGCACAUUAGGUAGCAUGUUACAGCACAAUCAGUUAUUAUGUCAGUUUUCAAAGAUGGACAGCUUUAUUUUCAAUAUAAUUGUCCAAUUCUAAAUAAAAGUCAAAACCGUUUACUCUUAAACAAGUUUAGAUGUUAAUCUCUUAGUGUGUAAUCCUCAAUAUUUUUAUUUGAUUCUGAUUUUUUUUUUCUUCUAUUAAGCUGUGAUUAUUUUGGAGGAAACAAAUGCUUCAAUAAAGAUCAACUCAUUUUUUUUUUUGUUUUAAUGUUGUUAUAGAAAGAGUGAACUUUGUAGCAUGGUAUGCAACUGCAAAACCAAAAACUCUUCAGUGGUACAAUUUGUCAGGCCUUCAGUGAAGCCGAUAAUUUCCAGAAGUACUUUAGAUUAGUUUUUGGUCAUGAGCUGAUGAAAAGGGGAGGAUUUGGUUUGAAAAGGUGGACUUUGGUUAUUGGAGAUCUUUCGAGACGCAUCCCCUCCGUUUCAAUUGAAAUCACACAUUCUAGCACAAAAAUGAAACUGUUAAUUCAAUUUUAAAAAAAUGAAGGGGAUGCUACAACACUUGAAAUAAAAGUAUUCUGCUUGAUUUUUUUUUUUUUUUUUUUUUUUUACAAAAUAAAGCCAAUGAAGGGAUUUUUUUAAAAUUUUCUAAACAAUGAACUAGUUUACAUCUUUUUUUCCAUCUUUUAUUUUCAUCAUAUUAAUGAUGCUAUAGUUUGAGUUAGGAAUCUUAAUUCUCAAGUUAUGUGUUGGAUAAAUAAAGAUUUACAAUAAAAACAUUUCACCUUUGAACAAAACUA